AUGGCAUCCUUUCGUGUCUGGUCCUUCGUCGCAUCCGAUCUUCUCCGCCAACCGCCGACCGCAUUUCCACCUCUUUCACUUUUCUUCCUUCCACACCUCUCCCCCCACUCUCUUCCCAGUCCCCGACCAACAGAGCAGUUCAUGCCUAGCCAGGAUGGCCUGUCGCCAUCCUUUGUGGAGACCGUAGCGGGGUUCACGGCGGGAAUCGUCUCGACUCUCUGCUUGCAUCCGCUCGACCUGCUCAAGACCAGACUCCAGGUCGAUCGCACAACCUCCUCCUCUCGGCUCGGCAGCUCGUUUCGUAUCAUUCGCGAGAUCUCCCGCCAUGAGGGUGGUCUCACUGCGUUCUAUCGCGGCCUAGCCCCGAACAUCAUUGGCAACUCCACGAGUUGGGGCCUGUACUUCCUGUGUUACAGCAGCUUGAAAGACGCACUUCGAACCUGUCGUGGCCAGAGAGAACAGACGCUGACAUCGUCUGACUAUUUUCUUGCAUCGGGAACUGCAGGCGUCUUCACUGCGGUCCUCACAAACCCCAUAUGGGUGAUCAAGACCCGCAUGCUAUCGACUGGCUCACAGGUGCCCGGUGCCUAUUCCUCAUUCUCGUCGGGAGCCAAGCAAAUCUAUCAGACGGAGGGUGUGUCGGGUUUCUACCGGGGUCUUCUACCAGCUCUCUUCGGUGUCAGCCAUGGUGCUCUCCAGUUCAUGGCAUACGAGCAACUCAAGGUCCAUCGGGCUGGGUUAGCGGACCCUCAUAGCCCCGUGAAAGACGGCAAGACUGGCCCAGCCCGGGAACUGGGGAAUGUCGAUUUCUUCGUCAUUUCCAGUUUGUCCAAGGUGUUUGCCGGCUGUGUGACAUACCCGUACCAGGUCAUACGGUCGCGGUUACAGACCUAUGAUGCCCACCUGAUUUACCGGGGCGCGAUCGAUGCCAUCGCGCAGAUCUGGGCCCGGGAAGGUAUCGCGGGUUUCUACAAGGGUCUUGGUCCCAACCUAGUCCGGGUGUUGCCCAGCACAUGGGUUACGUUCUUGGUGUACGAGAACACCAAGGUCUACUUGCCCCGGCUCGUGGCGAAAGUCUAG